AUGAUGGCAGAGUCAUCAAAAAGGAACAAAGCCUCCUCACAGGGGCUUCUCAGCAACCAUCGGUAUUUGUGUAAAAAAGCCAUGCUGCUCUGUGCCAUGGAGAGUGCAAGAGACAGGAAGAGACAUCGAGAGGAGAGGACCACUGCCAACAUGAAGAUAAGACCAGACAUCCACCAGGGAUCACUUGAUGCAAAUCAACUGAUCAAGAAAUCUAAAAUGAGUGCUCCAGACCAGGAAAAUCGAAGCACUUUGAACUCUGAAAGCACUGAUUUAUCCAAACUUACGUCAGUGCCUAAAACAGCUGACCACCAAUCUGUGAUCAUGGCCCUUGCAGACCGCUGGGAGGUGGACAGUGGCUUCUCCUCUGAAGCCAGUCUUCCACCCAGUGGUCGAAGUUCGCCGUGCCUCAGCUCUUGCCCGACGACAGUGGUGGCGUUGGACUGUGAGAUGGUGGGAACGGGGCCUGGCGGACGGUGCAGCGAGCUGGCCCGUUGCAGCAUCCUGGACUAUCAUGGCAACGUGCUGUAUGAUAAAUAUGUGAAGCCAUGUCAGCCUGUCACAGACUACAGGACUCGCUGGAGUGGCAUCCAAAGGCGGCAUCUCCACAACGCCACACCCUUCACUCAAGCCAGAGAGGAGAUCCUCAGCAUACUUGAGGGCAAAGUGGUCGUGGGCCACUCCAUCUACAAUGACUUUGAGGUGCUGGACAUGCUCCAUCCGUGUCACAUGGUCAGGGACACGAGUACGACGCGUCUCCUCAGCCGGUUAGCCGGUUUUCCCAGUAAAUGCUACCCCUCCCUCAAAACGCUGGCAAAUAAGCUGCUGAACAGGACGAUACAGGUUGGGAAGCGAGGUCACUGUUCCGUGGAGGACGCUCAAGCUGCGCUCGACCUAUACAAGCUGGUGGAGGGCGAGUGGGAGCAGGAGGUGCAGAACAAGCUGAGAGAUGACGACGCGCCGCUCGAGCCAAGCUUCGCCUCAUCAAAGCACUACAUGCAGGACGAGUACUGGCCAGAUGAUGUCAUUGCUGAUAGCCAAUGAAAGAAUAGUAAUUGUGGCACAUUCAGUGGGAAAUACCUCAAGUUCUCAAGUUCUUUUUUGCAUGGUGACGUACAUACAGAGUCAUCAGAGCAGGUUCAGAAAGCCUAAUGUAGUGAGUUCAUGAAAGUCCAAUCUGGAGGAAAAGGCGUGUUUAACAAGUUUGGAGAGAAAUAACUUUAAAAUGUGUAAUAAACACUUUCUAACUUAUUGCUUUAAGCAUGUUCAGAGUUCCUAACAGCUUUCCUCUUUUGGGGGGGGUUUGUGGGCAGUAAUGUUUGAACAAAUGAGUCGUUCCAGACUUGAGUAUAUUUAUAAACUUUGAGUUUUUGCUCUUACAUUUGAUGAUUGAAUAAGGUGUGAUGUACAGUUUGCAGUUCUCUAACAAGUAUCUGGUCUUACUUGAACAGUUAAACUUUUAAUUGCAAAAGAUCAUAAGACAUAAAUGCAGCUAAUUUUGAAAAUACAAGACGAGUGACAGCUUUUAAAAUGUUUAUCACUGCCUUAAAGACGAAACCAUUUAAAAAUGCUCAAAUAUUGGUAUCCACUGAUGAUGUCAGGGUUAGUUGUGACAGUAUUUCAUCACCUCUCAUUGUAAGCUGCUCCUAAAUGUCCUAAUAAAAUUGCAUUGUGUUAAAAUUU